AUAUCAUCAAACCCACACAACAUUUACUCUACGGAAAAAAAAAAAGAUUAUUAGAGAAUGACACUUAAUGGAGCUUUGUCUGUCGAUUUUGACGUUAAGUCUCCGGCGGACAAAUUCUUUAAAGCUUUCGUCGGAAACGCGAAUGCCCCUACGGAAGUCUCCGGCGAGGUGGAGAUCGAGGCCGUGGAUUGGGUGAAGAGAGUAAGUACGAUGAAAAUGAAGGGCGUUCAGAAAUCGAAGCGCUACAAGACCCUCAAAGGAACCAUCACUGUCACUCCUAAAGAAAGAGGCAAUGGUAGCAGAGUGGUGUGGACCGUUAGGUUCGAGAAAGUUAGCGAUGGCACCGAAGACCCACACUUCUUCGUCGACGAGGCUCCCAAAUACUUCAAGGAGAUCGAUGAUCAUCUUCUUAAAUAAAUAUUUUCUAAAUUUCAAGGUUCAUCUACUUAAAAUAUUAUCUAAAUAAAGUGGACCGUAUCUAUCUAUGUUUAUUGCAGUAUAUGCAAGAAUCUUUUAUAAUGUUUUGGCA